UCCCCGAAUCUCUCAUGAAAGAUAAUUUCUCUAUUCCGGUGGAUAAUUCGCCGGAGAAGGCGGAGGAGAACGGUUAUGUUCAGGAUAAACCUAGUUUUACGUCUUCCUCUACUAAGAACACUUCUGAAUCGCCAGUAAAGGAGAAUUUGACUCCAUCGGUACCAACGACAGCCCCAAGUGAAAUCUCGCCGAGUGUAACCCAAGUGAAAUAUCGUUGGUCGUUUUCCUCUUCUAAGAGAAGCUUCGGAAGUAGCAAAGAUGAAGCCUUCUUUGAUACAAAUCAAUGGUUACAAUCCGAUUCUGAAGAUGAUUUCUUCAGCGUCAAUGGAGAGUUCACUCCUUCACGUGGAAACACUCCAAAAUGUAGUUUUUCAGAUAAACAUCCUCGUUUCCACAACCCUUUGUUCGAAGAAGAGAAGCCUCGAGCAGCAUCAUUUUCGUAUGCUCCAGCACCACGAAGGAAGAAACUAGCCGAGCUUUUCAGAGAGAGUGUAAGAGAACAACGAGAAGUAAUUUUUGAAGAAUCAUUAGAAAGUCAAAGUGAAGAAAGUAAAAAAUCAUCUGGUGAUAACUCUGGUGAGCUCGAUGUCAUUGAAGAUUCUGAAAAGGAUAAAUCUAUGAAUAACCAUCAUCGAUGUCUUCCUAGAUUAUCUGCUUUAAAGGGAAAUUUAAUGGAGAAGAGAAAAAAGAAGAAGAAGAAAAAAAUUCAUAUGACAUAA